AUGGCGGACAUCAAUGCGACCCCCGGAGAACUUAAUUGGAGGCUGAGCGCACACCCGAUCACCCUCGUUACAUUUCUAGCGUUCCGCAUAUCAAGCCUCCUGCCAUACCUGCUUGGUCUCCUCUUCACAGAUGACCUCGUCCUGGUCUUCAUCAUCACCAUUCUCUUACUUGCGGCCGACUUUUACUACCUCAAGAACAUCGCCGGCAGGCGGUUGGUGGGGUUAAGAUGGUGGAACGAAGUGAACACGCAGACUGGUGAUACACAUUGGGUAUUUGAAUCCGCUCCGCAGCCGAACGAGCCUGGUGGACGCGUAGUCAAUGCGACGGACAGGCGCUUCUUCUGGCUCGCCCUAUACGUGCAACCCGCGCUUUGGAUUGCUCUGGCAAUUUGGGCGACAGUAUCGCUGAAAUUCCUGUGGCUGCCACUUGUUGUCAUUGCUUUAGUGCUGACCAUUACGAAUACCCUGGCCUUCUCCAGAUGCGAUAAAUUUAGCCAGGCAAGCGGCUUGGUAGAACGAGGACUACACUCUGGAUCUCUCGCCAGGAAUGUUGGCGGUGCCUUACUGUCGCGCUUUUUGACUCGAUCUUAG